AUGCCUGGCUACAUUCAUUGGGACGCUCCCGGUGUGGAGGUCGAACAGCCUGGCGAACAGGAAAGGAUCAAGCAGGUGGCAGAGCAGUUCUGCAGAUUCCAGAUGAUGAAUUUCGACGAACAUCACCACGCCCUCCGGGGUACUCACCUAAAAACUCAUGGGUGCGUUGCUGGUAAAUUCAUCGUGCACGACAACCUCCCGCCGUACCUCGCCCAGGGGAUGUUUUCAAAGCCUGGCACAUACGACGUCAUCAUGCGGUAUUCUUCCCUCACGCCCAAACUUGUCCCUGACAACGUGCCUGCACCCCGCGGGAUUGGCAUGAAGAUUUUCGGAGUCGAGGGCGAGAAGAUCUGGGGCGAAGACAAGAAAACCCAGGACUGGACCUUCAACAACUAUCCCAUCCUCGAACUUCGCGACGCGCAAACCACGUAUGAAAUCGCAGACUCGCUUGAGAGAAACUGGGACAAUAUGCCAGGGUUUGAGAAUGAGCUGAAGCAGCGCCCGGACGCCGAAGUUGCAUGUCGGCCAGCCACCAUACCCCCGCAGCACAUGGUAGCAAUGCCAGAAUAUUCGCAAUCGGCAUACCGAUUUGGUGAAUAUGUGGCUAAGUUCGGCUUGUUCCCGUCGGGCGAAGAGCAGAAGAAGCUGGAAAAUACCUACAUCAAGGACACGGAUCCCAAGAACAUUAUCUCGCAAGAGCUUCGUAAGUUUCACCUGGACAACAAGGUGACGUACUCGUUCUGCGCGCAGCUUCUUCAGAAUCUGGACGAACAACCGGUGGAGGACGUUGGCAUCGAGUGGGACGAGAAGAAGUAUCCGUUUGAGCAGAUCGCCACCGUCGAGUUCUCGCCACAAGAUAGCUGGAUCCCCAAGUUUCGGGUCUGGUGGGACGACAGGAUCACCGUCAACAGCUGGCAUGGUCUCAAAGUCCAUCGGCCGCUGGGCAGCACCAACCGUGUGAGACGGACCGUGUAUGCCGAGUCUCGCAAGUUACGGUUGAAGGUGAACGGCCACGAGGACUAUAUCGAGCCUGCGAGUUUGCAGGAAGUGCCAUGUCAGGUGACUGUGGAGACGUAG